GAAAUCGCAGCCAAAAUGGUAAAGGGGCGCCAAGGAGAACGUGUUAGAUUAUAUGUGAGGGGAACUGUCCUUGGUUAUAAGAGGGCAAAAUCCAACCAAUACCCGAACACUUCUUUGAUUCAAAUCGAAGGUGUGAACACAAAGGAGGAGGUCGCAUGGUACUGCGGCAAGAAAAUGGCCUACAUUUACAAGGCUAAGGUGAAGAAGAACGGAUCUCAUUACCGAUGCAUUUGGGGAAAAGUCUCCAGGCCGCACGGUAACAGCGGAAUCGUCCGGGCUAAGUUUAAAUCCAACUUGCCCCCCAAGUCCAUGGGUUCUAGGGUUAGGGUUUUCAUGUACCCGAGCAAUAUAUAAGGUAAUGGUUGGAAUCCUAUGUAUCUUCCAUUUUUGGUUUGUCUAGGUUUAGUAAUUAGAUGUUC